AUGGACUUCCGGGUGCGAAUAAUACUUCUCUUCUUUUCAUUUGGCUGCCCUCUUCGAGCCCUGAAUUCCGUAGAAGAAAUCCCUCCACCGCUGCAACAAAAAUCCAUCACGAAGUCGCAAAUUCUCGAUACAGAUAAGAAAUCCAUCCACACUUCAUCAUCGUCUCCAAUCAUUUCUACAAGGAGAACAGCCGUCCAUGUUUCUUCCAAACCUAUGUCAUCGCCAGUUUUACCUUCCGAACACAAGCGGACAUCGGCUAACAGAACAGCACCUGUUAGUAUUGUGGAAAGAGAUGCAAAUUACACAAGUAUUGAGGCCGAAACUCCCAAAUUAUCGACGAAGGUUUUGAAGAAUCCGAAGACGAACGUCACUGCACCUUAUGCUGCUGCCCCAGAAUUUGAAGAUCGCAACGAGCAAGAUGAAGGUGGGAAAGGGGAGGAGGAUCCCGAUGCACAUGUCGAUGAAGGUGCUAAUGCAGCACCUCCAGCUGAUGACGUAGCGGCAGGUGAAGGCGUGGCAAAAGAAGACACGGAACCUGUGAAAGGUAAAGACAAAGACGAAAACCAGCUUGGAGCGAUGGUUGAAGACGCGAAAGGCAAUGUGCCAGUUCCUUCUCUCAACAAGAUUGAGACCAGAAUCGAUUUUGAACAGUCAGAAGAUUCGCAUUUUAUGACGUUUAUUGUUGUGGGUGGUCUUUUGGUGUUCUGUCUGUAUUUGCUACAUCACAACAAGAAGAAGAUUUUAGGGCUUAUGUUCGAAGGCAGAAGUUCUGGUCAUUCACGCAGAAAUGUUCGCUACCGAAGACUAUCUCAACGAGACGAUCACGACACCUUCAAGGAGGACGUUAUCUAUUGA